AUGGCGAAUGCCCCAAACCCACCAAACAAAGGGUGGAAUUGGUUGAAGAGCUUCCAAUAUGACGAAGGAAAUGAUUCUCCAGGCGAUGCACGCAACGUUUUGCUAAUAGUUGCAGCACUGAUCACUGCGGUGACCUUCCAAGCUGGCGUCAACCCUCCCGGAGGUGUUUGGCAAGACAGUCAGAAUGGCCACACUGCAGGGAGAGCCAUUUAUGCAACUCACAAAGCACCAUUUUAUGUGUUCUUGAUAUCAAACACCUUGGCUCUUUCCACUGCUAUCUUUAUAAUCAUAUCGCUUACUCACAGGUUCCCUUUCCAUUUGGAGGUCUUGGUUGCCACAGUGUCUAUGAUUGUGACUUAUGGUUCUGCAGUGUUUGCUGUCACCCCAAAUGAGGCUGUCCAGUUUCGUUACCUAUUGACUGCAGCUGCUCUGCCUUUUAUAAUAAGGAUUUUUAUCCAAGUUUUCAAGAUGUAUAAACCGAAAUGUGUGUCGUAUUUAAAGAAUCAUUUUUAG